AUGGACUGCAAAAUCAGAAAGCCCGUAACGGCUACGACUCAUCUCAAGGACGCUCCUCGAUGGAUGCGAGGCGAUCCAUACAUCAAGACAGGCUAUCGUCGCCAGCUCGAUAGCGUCUAUCGCUGUGUUUCUUCGCUGCUGUAUCUCCACAAUGAAUGGGUCAACGUCUGGUCCCAUCUACUACCGGGUACCAUUCACUCUCUAGUACUGGCGAAAGAAUGCUACCACUUUUCCAAGCGAUGGGACGAAGAACGGUACUUGGAUCAGAUGGUCGUUUGGCAAUACAUCGUCUCAUGUAUCCUAUGUUUACUCUUCUCUGCUGGAUACCACACCUUGACUGCACAUUCUCAAUAUGUCGCUGGUCGCUGGCUCAAGAUAGAUUAUCUUGGGAUAAUCCUCAAUACAGCUGCUGGUUGCAUCGCCUCGACAUAUUUCGGUCUGCGCCACCAUCCGAAAUUGCAGCUGCUCUAUAUUGCGUCUUCUGUGGUUCUUGCCCUCAUUCUGUUCGGGAUUUUACUUGCGCCUAAGGCUGAUGGGGCAGCGAUGGCAUUCUGGAGAUCCAUUCUCUUCGCCAUGUUCGUCGCAAGUGGCUUCUUGCCUAUGAUCCACGCUUGCGCACUUGACGGCACCGACGUCCUUGGCCUGUUCCCUCUUGCUCAUGUCAUCGGCAUGGAAACAUGCUACCUCACAGGCGUUAUUUUUUACAUAACAAGGUUUCCAGAGAAGCGUUAUCCAGAAACAUUUGAUAUAUGGGGAUCAAGUCACCAAGUUUUUCACAUCGUAGUGGUGGCCGGCCAGAUGGUGUAUAUUACGGGGCUAAAACAGAUGGCCUCGAAUUUCGGUCCUGUUUCAGCUCAGAUUGCGCUGGAACCUGGAUUUGGGGGUGCGAAAUAUACCUAUGGCGGAAUGGCGGACGUUUGCGUCAAUGGCGCGUUCUGGGGUUGAGCCUUGGGUUCGGUAUACAUCCUAGUCAGGGCGCAUGCAUUGCAGGAUUCGAGGCGUUAGCGGUAUCUAGAUUAGCAGAAAAGUGUUUGUUCUUUGAGAAAGUGUGGGGUCGAAGUCGG